AUGGUAGAUUAUUGGGCUACAUUGGAUAUGGAUAGAACUGACAUUGAAGAUCGAUUCCGUAUUGUAAGGAGACACUUGGAUGACCUGGGUUAUCACCAAACAUUGCCUUUGGAAGCCCUUCCACUGGUGGAACGAUUGUUCUAUGAUCUACUUCAUACAACAGAUAGCUUGAAAAGGUGCAAGGAAAAGGGUGAAAAAUUGGAAAAGGAAAAGGCAAAUAUCAGUGCAGCACUACAGCCAUAUCAAGAGGAGAAUGCAGCAUUGUUAAAGGAGAACAAUGAACUCAAUUGGAAAAUUCUACGGCAGAAAGAAGAAUUUGAUAAAGAACUGAUGGGCUAUCAGGUGGAGAUACGGCGACUGAAAAAUGAGAUACAGGACUUAGGAUUUUUCAAUGAACGCUAUGCAAAUCAAGUGAAAUCUCUUCAAUUAGAUCUGAAGAAGAGGGAGAUGAAACUAAGCCAACUAUAUGAUGGCAAUAAUCAAGCUGUGAUCGUUGUCUCAGGAAAUGGAGGGAAGAAACAAAUGCCUGUGAGGAAACAGCAGAUGGAAAUUACAUCUCUCCUACCACCUUCAAAAGAUGCUCUGAAAGAGAAAUACUCCUCAAGAAACUCAGAAGAUCGAUAUUCUCUGGAUUUAAUUGAAAUGGCUGACAAAAGAAUGACACAGUUGGAGGAGAAGUUACAAAAAUUGCAUAAGGAGCAUAACCUAUGCAAAGAUGACAUGGCUCAACUGCAAAAUAAGGAUACAAGUGGCAGCAAAUUGAGGAGAGAGCACUUUGAAUCAGAAAUCAAAGAAAUGGAGGUCCUUCAGGCAUCACAAGAGAAGGAAAUCAAGAGACUUCGUGAAGAGAAUUGUCGUCUCAUUGAGAUGAUCGAGCUUCUUGAUAAACAGAAUUCCAAAGUGGGGAAAGAUUCUGCUGAUACCAGAACCAAAGAGAAAAGCACCAGGCCAGAAGUGGAACCCUUAACAAGACCAUCAAGUGCUGACAGAGACAAAAGUGCCAGAAUAAAGCGUGUGGAAAACCUACGAAGAGAAAAGACAGCUACGAGAAGCAAACCCAAUACACAGAAUCAGUGCUAUGAUGAGGACACUCAGAAAAUCCUGGAAGGGAUUGAAAGGUUGAAGAUGAAGAAAGUGGCUAUAUCCCGUAGUGCCAGUACAGGAGAUGUCAUGUUACAAAGGGACAUUCAAUCAUCCUCAUCAUCAUCAGAACCUGGGACAUGCAGAGAAGUGAGACAUGCAGUAUCAAGACAAUUGGCAGCUCCUGAUCAGGAUAGGAAGGAGAAGGAUUCCAAGGAGGUACUGAUUCAGGCUCUGAGAAAUGAAAUGAAAAGCCUUCAGAAUGAGAUGAAGAGUCUGCGGCAUGAGAAUGAUCAACUGACUUGGGAGAGAAAUAGGACACGUACUCAAAUUGGCCCUGCAUCCUGGAUUCCUGAUGGAGUGAGUGGCUCGGCACAGCAAUGGUCAAGAGACUCUAGGGUCACCUUGCAGGAGGAGACUCAUCUGACAUCUGCUGCUUCUGAUUUAAGAUCCACAUCAGUUGCUUUCCCAUCUGGAGGAUUGAGAUUGCCCCUGCAGCAACAGCAACAACUACAUCCACCUCCACCACCAUCACAACUCCCACAACAAUCCCACCUCCAGAUCUCCAAACAAGAUACCAUGUCUCACCAAAUCCCUUCUGGUGCAACCAUUUCUCACCAAAUCCCUUCUGGUGCAACCAUUUCUCCCCCAUCCCUGCCUGGGAAUAGUUCUGGGGUCUCAGUUCAACCUUGGAUACCACAAAUGAGUGCUGCUGCUCCUCAACCUGUGCUGUCUGUUCCUGUGAUUUCUAGUAAUGGAACCCAACCCCCACUUCAAACUCACCUUCAGACAUCAAGCAUGUUGCCUCCAUCAUAUCAAAUAUUUCAGCCACAGCCACAAAGUCAGACUACAACCCCUCAUGUUCUUGAAAUACCUUCAUAUGAAGCUCCUACUUCUGCCUUUAGGCACUUUCUCCCACCUCAUUCUAAUGUAGAGGGAACUGUAGCUCCACCUGGACAUAUUCCUGCCAUUCAGGUUACAUCUCAGCCUUCUUUGUAUUUUCCAACUGCAAGUGCUGGUGCAUCAACUGUCUUACCAAAUACACAACGUCAGUCCUUUAGAGAUGACGUGGAUCCUCAUUCCCAGGCAUAUCCGCAACCAUACUCGGUUGGUGUUUGGCCUAGUGCAUCUCAAGUACCAUCCAUACCUACUGUUAUCCCACAGAGACCUCCUCAAAAUGCAAAUAUAAGUGCCUCUGUUAUGUCCUUACCCCUCUACCAUGGUAAUGAAUCUAAUGGUCUCUUGGACUACAACAAGGGGAGGGUUACAACUGGAACUGCACCAGUGGACAUAACUCUUGCUCCAGUUUCCCUACCAGAUGGAAGAUUUCAGAGUGUUACACUGGGGGAGGGUCAGGGGAGAAGACAAGAGACAAAUUCAGGAACCUUUCAGCAAAAUGGAAAUAUUCAUCCAGCUUCUCAAGAAAUAGGGCAAGGGACCAGAAGGGUAGAAUCACAGUCUCAAGAUGUUUUUUCAUCAUACCCUCCUCAGUACACUCUGGCACCAUCCUCCAUAUCCCAGUCUGUUUUGACUGAUUCUCAUUUUCCACAUCAACCUGUGUCUGCGGCUAUCACAACAUUGCACAUCCCUCAACCUGUGUCUUCAGCUGUCACAACAAUGCACAUCCCUCAACUUGGGUCUUCAGCUGUCACAACAAUGCACAUCCCUCAACCUGUGCCUUCAGCUACCACAGCAAUGCAUAUCCCUCAACCUGGAAGCCAGACUGGGUCGGCUUUAUCUGCACAUGUUUUCCCUUCAUUGGAACCAUCUUUGCCAAGUGUCAUCUCCCACACAGGAGGAAUUCGUGUUCCUGAGUUGUCUACAGUGGGGUUGCCAUACUCUGCACCAUCAACUCAUGUCACUUUCACUUCAACAGCCACCUCUCAUGCAAGACCCCUUGUGGAUCAGCCAUUUGAGACAGGAACACCAGGCAAUCAUGGGGAUUAUCAGGUGUAUACACUCAUGAAUGAAAAAGAUAUUGCUCAAAUCUCUGCAACUGCAAUGCCUAGUGCAGCAUUUCAUGUGCCUCAGGCAGGAGGUCCUCUUCCUGCCACUUCUAUUGCCUUCACCUUGCCUGCCACAAGUAGGGAUUAUAGUGAAAGUUCUCAAUGGCCUCCUCUAGGAACCCCAAGCACAGUUCCAAUUGCCCAAGAAAUGCAGAGGGUGCGCUCCCUGGAGGAUGAAGUGAUCAGGUUGAGGUCAGAAACUGAACGACUUCGUAACGAGAAAGACUGUCAACAGAGGGAGGUGAAUUCAUUGCAAGGGUUGCUGCAAGGAAUCCGAGCUGGACAGCCCCCUUCUCAGUAUGACCAAUUGCGGAUUCAAGAAUUGGAAAGGCAGAAGUUGGAACUCCAAGAGAUGCUGCCUCACUACACGCAACAGUUGAACCAAAUGCGGGAAGACCAUCGGAGAUUGCAGAGAGAAAGAGAUGAUGCCAAGGCUGCAAUUGAAUCCAUGAGAGAAGGACUGUAUCGUAGCAAAGAACAACAGGAGCCUCGAUCCAGCUAUGUUGUUGAAGGAUCAGCUGCUGUCCAGAUGCUCAUCACACGAUUAGAGAAUGAGAAGGUAGCAAUGAGACAGGAGCUUGCUCGGGUCAAGUCAGAUCGUGACACCUUGAUGGAGAGAAUGAAGGCUGUAACAGAUAUCCAGCGAGGUGAGAAAGGACAUUAUGAUGGCCAGUUGAAAGCAUUGAAAUUGCAAGUGGUGAACUUGGAGAAAGAGAGACAGGAAACUGUGGCGAGGAUGAAUUCCCAGAAGGUUCUAGUAGCCACAUUGCAAGAGCAAGUGAAGGGCCUUCAGCAAACCCUUCAAGCCACUAAGACUCAGGCUGACCAGCAGAGGACCAAUGCUGGACAGAUGAGGUAUCUGGCUGAGCAGACUGAGCGUAAUUUGAGAGAUCUUCAGGAGCAGAUGACAUUAAAAACUGCAAAGCUGCAGACAUCAUCCCAAAAAGCAGAAGAUUUGUUAAAGGAGACAGGAAGCCUAAAGGAGGAGAUGGAAAAAAUGCGGAAUCAACUCUCUGAUUCGAGAGCAGCCAUUGCCACUUUGGAUCGAGACAAAGAUGCUAUGCAGAAUGCUUUGGAUGAGAAGGCAGAGAGAAUUCAAGCUUUAGAGGAGGAGAAGAAUGGAUUGCAAGAAAAGUGUGCUGUAUUGCAAGCUAAGGUCUCUGCCAUGGAAACAAAGCUGGACGGUAGUAAUUCCCUGCAGGCUCUGGUGGAAGAGCCUUAG